CCCAGCUGCCAUGCCCAUUUCUGGAGAUCCUGCACCAUCUUACCCUCAGUUUUCUGUGGGACUUGCCUCCGAACCCCAUUCAACCUCCGCUGCCAUCUUCCCUCAUGCUCAGCCGGAGCCAUCGGUUCCCACAACUCAGGAUGGUGAAUGGUCACAUACUCCUACCGAAACCUCGGCUUGAAACUCUGUGGGGGAACUCUUUGUUUGUGUACGGUUUCGAUUAAACUAAUGAGCCAUUGCAUCGGUUAGG